GCGUCUUCACUCUCAGAGCGCGGCGAAAACAAACCGAGAACGCGACGCAUCUGCGGGGAGUGAGCGGACAAACGUGCAAAACGAGGACUUACACCGAGGAAUUGUUCGUUUAAUACAAGACACAUCUACAGAGAGAAAGCAAACAUGUUUGCUUGGGCUGCUGUCGUCAUCUUUGUUGCACCCUUUAAUGUGGUUUUCUCCAGUUGCCCGGCGACAUGCUCGUGCCCGCUAGAGCUGCCCAAGUGCAUGCCUGGAGUCAGUCUGGUAUCGGAUGGCUGCGGCUGCUGCAAAGUUUGUGCGAGACAGCUGAACGAAGACUGCAGCAAGACAGAGCCAUGCGAUCACACCAAAGGGCUGGAGUGCAACUUCGGGGCCAGCCAUGGGGCCACUAGAGGCAUCUGCCGAGCCAAAUCCGAGGGCAGACCAUGCGAGUACAACAGCAGGAUCUAUCAGAAUGGAGAGAGUUUCCAACCCAACUGCAAGCAUCAGUGCACGUGCAUCGAUGGGGCGGUGGGGUGCAAUCCUUUGUGCCCACAAGAGCUCUCCCUGCCCACACUGGGCUGUGCCAACCCCAGACUGGUCAAAGUGCCGGGCCAGUGCUGCGAGGAAUGGAUUUGCGAUGAUGGAAAGCAAAAGGAGCCAUCCGACAAGCUGUUUGGCAACGAACCAAUAGUUGAUGAUUUCGAAAGCGACCUCACCAACAAGAACGAGCUCAUCUCCAUCAUCAAGGAUGGACUCAAAUCUCUACCUGCGUUCCGAUCGCAGCCAGAAUCCCGCAGGUUCGAGAAGUGUUUAAUCCAGACUACACCCUGGUCUCAAUGCUCCAAGACCUGUGGCACUGGAAUCUCCACUAGAAUAACCAGUGACAACAGUGACUGCAAACUGGUGAAGGAGAGCAGGAUCUGUGAAGUCCGUCCAUGCAGUCAGUCACUACACGCUAGCCUGAAGAAAGGAAAGAAAUGCAACCGUACCAAGAAGUCCAUGCAGCCUGUGAAGUUCACCUACACCGGAUGCUCCAGCCUGAAAAAGUACCGUCCCAAGUACUGCGGCUCCUGCGUGGACGGCCGCUGCUGCAGUCCGCAGCAAACGCGCACCAUCCGCGUCAAGUUCCGCUGCGAAGACGGAGAGACCUUCAACAAGAACGUCAUGAUGAUCGAGUCCUGCAAGUGCACCUAUAAUUGCUCCCAAGGCAACAGCGCCUCCUACCCUUUCUACAGACUCUUCAAUGACAUCCACAAGUUCAGAGACUGAGCGGCAGGGAAUCCCACCUCGACCCUUCCAUGACCGGGGCCGCGUCAUGAGUGAUGUCACGACAGCCAAUCGCAGCCCGGCUUCAAUAUCAGGGGGUCCACCUGCCACCCACUCAACUAACAUCUCCUGUUGUAACUAGAUUCCCACGGAAUUACGGACUUACAUUACAGGGACUUUGAAGUGCACUGUUUGCUGAGACCGCGUCAGCGUUUCGAACGGCUCGCUCCACACUGGAGCAAUACGAUUUAUAGCUUCGUUACGGAGCAACCUGUAAAGAUGAAAUGAACUGUACAAUGUAGUUGUUAAUUUUAAAUUUGUGAUGUAUAUUUUGAUGUCUAAAUACAAUGAUCCAACCGGUAGACUUGUAUGUGUGUAUAUUCCAAUUUGUAGAUAUACACAUGUGUAAUUUAACGAACCUGUUCAAGUAAACGACGCCAGGUUGAGUUUGUCCAACUAGCCCACGGUAACUCUCCCCUCGUAAAGUGGGUGAUCGCAUCCUUGUUGUUUGGCAGCUAUAGAAAACCAAUUCCACAACAUGAAUAACAACUUAAUGAGUUGACUUAAACAUUGAAUGAAUGUUUUAUUAUUGUUAUUAAUAUUAUUUAUCUUGAAUUGUAGCUCUUUUAUUUGAAUGUUGUCAUCCUGGAAUAAAGUGUAAAAAUUAUCUAUGAUCUAAUUUUAUGUUACAAAUAAAAAGAUUUAUUUAUGAAUUGAA